AUGACGGACGACUGCCCUAAAGGAAUCGUUCUUGGCCGUUCGAAAAAGGAGGCAAAGGAACAAUGCGGCAACGCGGCCGUAGUCGACAGUGACCAACCAUCGACAGAUGUCUCGAUGAAGCUGCAGCAAAGUGAUGCAAAUUCCAACAGCGCUGCAGACGCAUUAUCAGAAGACGAUGUCCCGCAAAGGAAUCCAACUCCUGACUAUCAGUUGGACGACUUGAAGAGAGACCUGACGUUCAUGGGGCACCACAUAUCGAAGAUCGUCUCGGUGCUGGGUUUAAGCAAAUGUAACUGCUGCGAUUGUGACCAUAGUCGUCUGAGAAUUGUCGAGCACUGCUCCGCUAGUUCCAACGGUCAUCAAUCGAACGCCCAUCCAACUGAAGUAAGAAAUCUGCGCAUCUUUUCGUUACACACCUCUUAA